AUGUUUAAGAAUAUCCUCGGUCGUGUUGACGGAGGAUGGAUCUCAGGCGGAGACAUUGUAUUGACGUUGCUGAUUGAGCCGCUGCUGUCGGCGGCUCCGGAGAAUUUGGUAUUUGAGGUUCGAAACAAGUUCGCCGGGAAAAGAGAAAAAGAUCUCGGGGCUCUCAAAGCUCACGACGCUCAACGUCACUCCAGACUCCUCUCCGCCAUCGAUCUUCCUCUCGGCGGCGAUAGCCAGCCUGAGUCUACUGGUUUAUACUUCACUAAAAUCGGACUCGGAACUCCAUCAAGAGACUUUCAUGUCCAAGUUGAUACAGGAAGUGAUAUCUUAUGGGUGAAUUGUGCUGGCUGCAUCAGAUGCCCUAGAAAAAGUGAUUUGGUAGAGCUAACACCUUAUGAUGCGGAUGCUUCGUCCACUGCAAAAUCUGUUCCGUGCAGUGACACCUUUUGCUCCUACGUAAACCAGAGAUCCGAGUGUUACUCAGGUUCUACCUGUCAAUAUGUUAUUCAAUACGGAGAUGGAAGCUCGACUAAUGGAUACUUAGUGAGAGACGUUAUGCAUUUGGAUUUAGUUACCGGAAAUCGCCAAACCGGUUCCACCAACGGAUCUAUCAUCUUCGGGUGCGGGUCUAAACAGUCUGGUCAGCUCGGCGAGUCCAUAUCUGCAGUUGAUGGGAUCAUGGGAUUUGGACAGUCGAAUUCAUCGUUUAUAUCUCAGCUUGCUUCACAGAGGAAAGUCAAAAAGUCUUUUGCACAUUGCUUGGAUAAUAUCAAUGGAGGCGGUAUAUUCGCCAUUGGAGAAGUCGUGUCACCCAAAGUGAAGACGACUCCUAUGCUCUCUAAAUCAGCUCACUAUAGUGUAAACCUCAAAUCCAUUGAAGUCGGUAAUUCAGUAUUAGAACUUUCUUCGGGAGCCUUUGAUUCGGGAGAUGACAAAGGAGUCAUUGUUGACAGUGGUACAACUUUGGUUUAUUUCCCCGAUGCUGUUUAUAAGCCGUUAAUGAGUGAGAUCUUGGCUUCGCAUCCGGGGCUUACCUUGCAUAAAGUUCAAGAGUCUUUUCUUUGUUUCCAUUAUAUCGACAAAUUAGAUCGGUUCCCACCUGUCACACUCCAGUUCGACAAGUCUGCUUCCUUAACGGUGUCUCCUCGGGACUAUCUAUUCCAGAUUCAAGGAGACACAUGGUGUUUUGGCUGGCAAAACGGUGGAUUGCAGACUAAAGAUGUAGGAGUACUGACAAUUCUUGGAGACAUGGCGCUUUCUAACAAGUUAGUUGUCUACGAUAUCGAGAACCAAGUUAUUGGAUGGACCAACCACAACUGUUCAGCUGGAAUACAAGUGAAGGAUGAACAAAGUGGAGCAAUCUACACGGUCGGUGCUCACAAUCUCUCAUGGUCUUCUUCUUUAGCUGUUACCAAACUUCUUACACUUGUUUCUCUCUUAAUUCCUUUCCUCUGUAACAUUGCUUUAUAG